UGUCGCCUUUUGGUCCUUACCCCCUGAAGUAGGAGCAAGUAGCACUAUGAUUCAUUUCAUAUCGUCUCCAAGAAACUUCUAGUGUGGUUGACCAAAAUGUUCGUGCCACUGAAUUAAUUCCCUUGUGGGUGAGUGUUUAGCCUGCCUCCCAUUUCAGGGUGAGAUGGACAGGCCGAGAGUGUGGCUUGCCUUUUUGGCUCUGAUGCUUGCUAGCACGGGCAAGUGCAUCCGCGCUCCGGUGAGUACCAGUGACCAGUACGCGUUUCACCAGGACUGUGAGUCUGGUAAGCUAGCCGAGCAGUUCACUGAGCAAUCGCCGCGCACUGUCGUCCACGAUACGAUUAUAUUCGUUGCCACCUACCGCAGCAAUGGAAGCCGCUACACGUUCAACGGUGAGGUCGGGAGAUUCACCAGUGAGUAUCCUAGAUGUGGGCGAAGCAUUGAACACCCAUGUUCCACAAUCGAGCAGGCCAUUAAGGAAGCAUGUAAUGCGGGAUCGGAAUCCGUUGCUCUGAAGCUGAUAGCUCACCCAUCAUCUGGGUGUACAAUUGAUCCACAUGAGGACGCCGCAACUGCGAACUUCCAAGUAGGCUCUAUGCCGAAUAUAACACUUCUAACCGACACAUCGUUUGGAUGCCCGAAAUCUGUGGUAGAUCUACAUGGAAGGAGUCCUCUGCUCUACUUGAAGCAGCCUGUUUAUGGUCGGUAUUCCGUACGGUGUUUUGACAUCACAUUCCAGUCCAAAGGGCUACCGCAAAAAAUUGUGCAAAUCGAAUUCCUCUAUGGGCUUGCAGUUAUCGAUGUCAUGUUUCAUAACUGUGAAUUUGCCGUCCAAGGCAUGUCCUUGUUUCAUGCGGAGGGUAAAGACCUUGCAGAAAUCACCCUUACCUUGGCUCAUUGUCAUUUUCAUGCGAGUGGAAAUUUACCCGAUCUCGUUACAUUUACCCGGCCUCCAGCAUUUGUGACCGACUCUAUCCAGAUCCAUAUUCUCAAUUCAGUCUUCCAAGGUCAGAACGAACUGCUGCGAGGUGUUUCGGGCAUUAAUCUGGACUACAAGUACAUGAAAGCCAUUGUUGUUAUCCAUAACACAUCGUUCAUAGGUUUCGAUGUCUCAGAAGCGGUGAUUUCCAUAAGGUGCUGGGACUCAGCCUCGCUGCCAAGAAGCACCACUGUAGUGGUACACGACACACUGUUCAAGGACAACCAAUACUCGAAUGGCGCACUCCUCAUCUCUGGCUGCAGUAAGGUCUGCAUCGACGGAGCUAUCUUCGCGGACAACAAAGCUGCGCAGUGUAAUGCGCCUGCAUUGAGAAUCGAGCAAAGGGAAUUAGAGACCAAUGUCCAGAGCGCAGUUGUUCGAUCGCAGUUUACUCUCAAUAAACGACUGCAUCGUGGGUGCAAAUCUGUGCUUGAUUUGGAUAUCCGAGGCCGUGUACCUUCUAUACCAAUCAAGAUUUCCAUCAGAUCAGUCGAAUUCGUGCAUGGCCCUGAUUCUCGGGAGAUCUCCAUGAACUUGGAGCAAGCGGAAUCUCGCAUGUCCAACAACACAUUUAUCCGGAAAACAUGCAAUAUUGGAGACAUCCAAGCUGUUGGAAGCAAAAUCUUCAUAGAAGGUUUGCACAGGGCUGUAUGCCCGGGAACCCAGCCCUGGAUACUGCAGCAAGCUGAAGUUCACAUAUCGCAGAUCACCAACUUACGGCACAUGGUUAUGUUAGAAAGCUACAACUGGAGAAAUGCCACUAAACAUUGGUCCAUUGCUUUUGCAGAGGAUGGGGGAAUUGACGUGAACAUCCCUGCCACUGUUGCGGAUAUUUACCAAGAUUAUGGAUUGUAUUCCGCAAAGGCCCUAUCCACUGAAGCCAAGGACUUCAGCUACAGACCCAAGAGUAUAGUUCGACCAUGUUCCAUUCAAGUUGCAACGCCACUGAGGUUCAUAUGUGACAGUCCACGUCAAGCAACGUCAGCGUAUGAUACUUCAACUGAGUGUAAUGCCUAUGGCAUGUAUUCAGCUGGUUCGUGCUCAGGCACUCCUGUUCACAGCACCAAUCACAGCGUAAUAUGCACAGGCUCCAAUUUCACUGCACUGAUAAUCAAGAGGUUUAGGGAAUUUUACAACCUAGCGACAGGUAAGCCUACCUGGAUUUUGUUCCGUGACUCCAGCGCCGAAUGCAUCAAGCAACGGGGAGCAACAUGGCUCUAUUUUAGGAAGCAGUGCAACGGAACCGCUAUUUCUGAGGCUUUGAAACAUAUCAGACAAGGUCGUGAAGACAAAGACGAGGCUCUGAUAGCUCUUCGAGACCAACUAAUGCGCCACCAAGACUCAUUGACAAACACGUUCAUUGGGCAGGACAGUUGGAGCCUUCCCUGGUUUCAUGCAGCCGGGCAGGAUUGGAAAAAUGGUGAAUUGCGGGAGGGGCCUAGUGGGCGAUGGCACACGAAUUACUCAGACUACCUGGGUUCAUUGGUCUUGUACCCAGCUGCUGGAGAGAUGAUAUCAAUUCACUUGGACACAUAUGACAGUUUCCUGAAUCAGUUGUCUAGCAGCAUGUCCGUGAGGGUGGCGAAAAGAUACAAGAAGCAAGCUUCGGUUACUCUCUUGCGAUACAAUGGCGAUGUAUCAUCCCUUGGUUACGAGCCUGUGGACAGCGUUGAGUUUCUAUCAAGAGACGGCCUCACUGGAAUUGCGUUAGGCGGGCAGCCCGGUGACGUAGGUUGGCUGUUGCUGAGCAUUAAAGGAAGGAACAGCGUCAGAGUUGAGUUUUCACAGACAAGAUUCAAGCUGGAGAUACCGUUCAAGAUUCGUCCAUGCCAUAAGGGUUUCCAUGGCCCUGUGGAGAAGGAAUCCGGAACAAUGUUAGGCAAAAAGACGUUCUGGACAUGCGAAUGCAGUAAAUUACAAUUUCCCGGUAUCCGCAACUGCACAAAAGGCCGCCAUUUGAACAUCCGAUCUGGCUAUUGGGCUGGCAACCCACUCGACGCCCCAGAAUUGCAAGGAGGGAAAAAUCUUUCAGACAUGGUGACCUGGGAGAUGAACGAGUCGCUUCCAUUUAAUGGCUCUAACACGUUUGCGAAGUACGUGGUUUACCCGUUCGAGAUAGCACAGUGCAAGAAUGGGCUGUGUUUUAAUCGCGACUGGAAGGAUGGCGAAGGUCAAUCCUGUCCAGGAUAUUCGUCCGGUCCGCUGUGUGGUCGUUGCUUGCAGGGAUACUGGCAGACACUCGUCACUCAGGUAUAG